AUGAGAAAGGCAUUCCCAACAACUCUUCCUGGGGUCCAGCACCGAGGCGCCCUAGGUGAAAGGGCUGGCUUCUACCUAACGCUGGGAACCGCACCCCUCGGCACCCCUGGGGUUUGGGGUGAUGCUCCUCCUCACUCCGCGGCCCCUCCUCGCCCCUGCCCAGCGCGAGGUCACUCGUGGCCCCGAAACCCCGCGGCGAGAUUUGGGCACCGAGUGGCGAGAGACGCCCCUCGGCUUCCCUCCACCAGCGCGGUAGUCCCGCGCCCCAGCAAGGCCCCCUGCGCCACCGCCUGUCCCAACCCGAACUGCCCCUCCUCUCUAUUUACGAUCCGUCGUCGUCCGCUUCCACCACAAGCCAGAGCCCCGCGGCCUUACCUCAGUUGGGAGCCAGCCUCAGCGCACGGCGCCGUGGGGCUCAACGCAUCCUGGGGUCGCAAGGAGCCGGAAGUGGGGCCGCACGGAGCCCGUAAACCCGUAACGAAUUAUGUAACCGGCAGGGGCCGCCGCCGCUACCGAGACGACUGUCCGAGGCACUUCCGCCCCUCGUGCUGGGCCGGCAGCCCAUUGGCCACUGGGGCUCACGUAGGUCGCCACCUCCCUGAGGCCGACACCGCCAUCUUAGGAGCGGGCAGGCCUCCCCUGAAAUCCGCGGCGACAAAGCUGGGACGCUGGUGGGGGAACGUCUACAGGCCCGAAGUCCCUGUGGCGUCUGAAAGAAGGCACUCCCUUAUCCGAAAAGGCGCCCAUGCUCCCGACAACCGCGGCCCGGGAGGGGAAGGCAAAAUUGAGAAUAAACAGCAACUAAGUCUUGAAACUGUAGGACUUGAAGAGCUUGCCCUAGAAUACUCCUCCACUGCUGUGCCUUUUGAAAGGAAAAUAUCAGGUGAAACUUCUGCUUUCAAGAAAAAUGUCAUAAGCCUUUCAGUUACCAUUGAAAACUAUACCCCAUUAAUAGAACUAUCUCAGUUAGAUACCAGAGCACUUUGUGAAAUUCUUGAAUUUCCCAGGGAAGAAGCCAGAAAUUUGUACAAGUGUUCUGAAAUCAACCAAAGCUUCUGUGAAAAUUCAUACUUUGUUUUGCAUCAGAAAACUCACUCAGGAGAGAAAACGUAUAAAUGUGAUGCCUAUGGGAAGAUUUUCAGUCAUAGACCAAAUCUGAGGAUGCAGAGAAGAAUCCAUAUUCGAGAAGGGCCUUACAAUUGUGCAGAGUGCAGCAGCAGCUUCCACUAGCACUCACAUCUGACUGAGCACAUGCAUGUCCACGUAAAGGAGAAACCCUACACAUGUGGCAUAUGUGGAAGAGGUUUUUUGUGGCUCCCGGCAUUAGCACAGCAUCCAAAAACCCAUGCUAACAAACAACAACAACAAAAAGCCUGUGAAUGUACCAACUCUGGUAAAUAUUUUGGUCAGAAAACAAAUCUUGCUUUGCAUGAGAAGAUGCACACAUUAGCCACCUAGUCUCAGUAUAUUCAGUGCAUGAAAUGUUUGAGGCAGCCUUUGCUUGCCCUCCCUGAAAAGGGCCACAAGGAUGACUCUGAACACUGCAGAGAUUGUGGGGAAAAUUUGUUUUUGUUCUCACAGUUCAAACUCUUAAAAUGUCUUGAAUGUGCAAUGAGCUUUCUUCAUAUCUGAGUUUAUUUUUUUAAUAUAUUUUUAAAAGAUUUUAUUUAUUUAUUUAUAGAGAAAGAGGAAUGGAGGGAGAAAAAGAGGGAGAGAAACAUCAACCGGUUGCCUCUCGCACAGCCCCAACUGGGGACAGCCCACAACCCAGACACAUAUCCCCACCUGAAAUCAACCAGCAACCUAGUACCUUGCAGUAUGAUGCCCAACCAACCGAGUCACACUGGCCAGGGUUCUGAGUUUAUUUCUCCUCAGAGUGUUCAUAAAGAAGAAAAGUCCCAUAAAUGCAAAACAUACGCAAAAAGUUUUAUUUUGGACUCAGAGCUUCUGUACUACCAGAAGAGCUAGACAGGAGAGAAGCCUUUUAAAUGUACUGUGUGUGGGGAGUUUCCAGUUGAAUAUGCAUCUCAUUAUUCAUUAGCGAACCCAUAUGAAAAACAUUAUGUAUAUACAACAGAUUUUCAUUCAUGCUUGUGCUUUUCAGUAUCUAUACUAAAAAUGGGGAGCCAUUACCCUAUAUGUGCUAAGCACUUUACACACAUUCCAUGUAAUAUUUAAUUUUCACCACGACCUUGAUUUAGGCACUAUGAUUUCUAUUUCAUAAUCAAGGAAACAUAACCAAUGCCAGAGCUAGAGAAUGAAGCCAGGAUUCUAACUGAGUAACUCAAUUACUGUUCAGAUUCCAUUUGUACGAGUUGGAGAACACAUUUUUAAAAUCAGUUUUCAUUAAAAUAAAGGUUACUGCUAGAGUUCAGUUAAUGUAGUUUACAUGGUUUCUGAGCAAGCUUUAGAAGGAGGAGAAUUUAUUUUUUUGCCAAUUUUGCAGAUGUAGCAUCUAGGAAAGUAAAUACUUGUAUAUCUGUAGGUUGUUUUUGUUGGUUUUUUUUUUGUUGUUUUGGCUUAUUUUUCAUAUACUAGAACAUUAAAAAAUGUUUAAGUAAGCAUUCCAUGUUUGAAAACGUUUAUUUUUUAUUCCUUGUUUUCUACUUAUUAACAUGCAAAUUAUAAUCCAAGUCUUGUAGGUUUGGCCUCGGCAUUGUUGCUCAAAUCUCCUUUCCAUUUUC